AUGGAUUUACGAUUUAUUGGAUUUAUAGCUAGUGUAUGCUCACUUGUACUAUUGCUAUUAGCCAAUAUUGGCACCACUUUUACUACAUCUGUUCUCAAUAAGAUCUAUCUGGUCGAAAUUAAACAAUCAAUGACUGGCAGAUCAAUAAGAUAUGGUGUUUAUAAUUCAUGCCUUUAUUACAAAAAUAUGGAUCAACCUCACUCCUGUACUUCCAAGACACCAGCUUACUCAUUUGACGCAGGACAAUUUCUUGCAGCCAAUGGCGUUGAUGAUGUUAAUACCACGACGGCACUCUCUAACUAUUCGAAUGCUGUAUCAAACACGAAUAUGACACUGUUCAAGUGUAUCAUAUUGAUCAUGCCAGCCGUCAUACUUUCCUUUGUUGCCUUCUUUUGCACUUUAGUCAUUCGUAAGCAUCGACAAAACAAUCUUAUUCCAUUUAUUGGAUCCUUUGCAAGUUUACUUUCUUUCUUUACUGGAGCUGCUGGUUUAGCUAUUACUAUCGCUGCAUUUUGGAUAGGGCUUGCUGACACAGAAAAGCAAGUUCAAGCUGUAUCUCAUCAAUGGGGUCCAGCCAUCUAUAUGGUUGGCGUCGGUAUCGCAUGCAACAUACUGACUUUUAUUUGCUUCCUUGUCAGCUUAUUUACUCAUAAAAAUCGACAAAGGGAUUCAACAUACGAUUACACUAGCGCAACCAAAGCAAAUGAUACAUUUGUCAAGCACGAAAGUUACAAUAACUAUGGACAAGCUGUCUCUCCUCCAUCACCUCAUUAUCCUUCGUAUCAUAACCAACCUAAUGAUAAUGCAGCCUAUCAGCCUUAUUAUCAAGCCAAGGUAGAUUAUCAACCUCAGUCACCUAAUGCCUAUGAUGCCUAUCAUCCUUCCUAUGAUAACUAUUCGCCCACACCACAAGCGUACCAUCAAGGAGGAUAUAACCAAAAGCCGCAGACUUAUUAUGGGUAA